CGCACGCCGGUCGCCACGGCCGGGCAGCUGUUCUCCUGCCGACUGUCGUGCGGCCUGGGGCGCCGGCUAGCCGGAAGGAAUCCACUCGCUGAGCCGCCAUCACAAAGGCCUCCUCCCAUUUUCCCAAAUUUUUAGAAGAGCCCCGGAACGAACCUGUUCCUGUUGCCGCUGAAUAAUUGACGCGAGACCGAACGCGGACGGGGACAAAUUGAGGCCGAACCCGCAUCGGCUGAUUGGGAAGUUCAUCGCCGUCCGGCGGCUGCUCCGGCCGCUGCAGCCUCGGACCUCAUGUUCUCUGCUAUUCGCCGCCUCCUCGCCUCCCGUGUCGGCGCCCUCGCGGCGGCCAAGUCGACUCCCUCCUCCUCGUACGCCUACUCCGCGGCGGCGCCCCCGUCUCGGCCUCGAUUCCCGACGCCCAAGGAGAUCCGCCGAGGCCUGGACGAGUUCGUCGUCGGCCAGGACAAGGCUAAGAAGGUGCUCUCUGUUGCUGUGCACAAUCACUACAAGAGGAUAUACAACGAGUCAUCAAAUAAGUGUUCCUCGAAAAGCUUUGUGCGUGGUGGUGUUGGUACCAGUGGGGAUGAUGAGAUUGAGCUUGAAAAGAGUAACAUCCUUCUGAUUGGACCAACAGGGACAGGUAAAACACUAUUAGCAAAAACAUUAGCUCGCUAUGUGAAUGUGCCAUUCGUGAUUGCUGAUGCAACAGCAAUUACACAGGCUGGAUAUUCUGGUGAAGAUGUGGAAUCUGUAAUUUACAAACUUCUAGUGGCUGCUGACUUCAACGUUGAAGCUGCAGAGCGUGGCAUUGUGUACAUUGACGAAGUUGAUAAGCUUACAAAGAAGGCUGAAUGCCAUGAGGACCGAAGGGAUGUCUCUGGAGAGGGUGUGCAGCAAGCAUUAUUAAAAAUAUUGGAAGGAACAGUCAUCAAUGUGCCAAGAAAAAGAAGUCGAGAUAAUGUACCCCAUGGUUAUGUUGAGGUAGAUACAAGAAAUAUCCUUUUCAUUUGUGGAGGCGCUUUCUUUGGCUUGGAAAAGAUAGUCUCAGAAAGACAUCAACUCUGUCCUGUUGGAUUUGGCAUACCAAUAUGUCAUGAGCUGCGGAACUGUGGCUGGACAACUGCUCUUCAGGGAUCUUGCUCUAUUGAUGCUGUUGAAAGUGAUGAUCUAAUUGCCUACGGCCUUAUCCCAGAAUUCAUUGGAAGGUUGCCUAUAACAGUUGGCCUGACAAAUCUCAGGGAAGAGCAAUUGGUCCAGGUGCUCAGGGAGCCGAAAAAUGCAAUAGGAAAGCAAUACAAGAAGUUGUUCAAAAUGAACAAUGUCAAGCUGUAUUUCACUGAAAAUGCUUUGCAUCUAAUAGCAAAGAAAGCGGCUGCAAAAGAAACGGGGGCUCGUGGGCUUCGAUCUAUAAUGGAGGACAUUCUGACAGAAGCAAUGUUUGAGAUUCCUGAUGCAAAGGAGGGGAAAGAGAAGAUAAUUGCUGUUCUUGUUGACGAAGAGUCCGUAGGGCCAUUGCACCAUCGAGGAUGUGGAGCCAAAAUUUUCCGGGACGAUGGAGCCUUGGAACUGUAUGUUUACCAGAACAACAUCAAGCUGCCCGGGCUAAUUCAGAGCAAUCCCAGCCGCAGUCGCGUUUUCCGGAUCUGCCUACUAGUCGCGUUAUCAGCAAUUAAACUCUGGAUCUACCAGAUGUUUCCUUGUUUUUCAUCUCUAUAUGAAUGGAUUGUAUUGAUGCUGUGCAAGGCUAACAUUUUUACGCAAUGAAAUAUAACAAGGUUUCACUAUCGUUUCAAGUUA